AUGGAAGAUACCAAGGGUGACAAAGGAGCUGUCACAGUAGGAACCACUGGAACAAUCAGCUUGUUGAUGACAAGGGAAUUGGAUCAGAUGUCUUCUGUUCCACACCAGGAAGUAUCUUCAACAAGUAAACCUCGAAUUUCAGUUUCGAGUGGUAGUGCUACGCCAAAACGACCACAACCAAGAAAAUCAUUUGAAGCCAGCAGUAGUAGCAGCAGCAGAAGUAGUAGCAUCUUAAACCAUAUAAGUCCUGGGAUUGGCCCCAAAACAAAACUUAAUGGCAAACAUACCCAUCAAAUACCCAUUCUUGGUUACCAGAACCUUCCACUGGAGACAAGUCCAGUUACGAAGAAAAAGGAUAAGAAGAAAAAAUCUAAAAUUGUUGAAGUAGUGGACAUCAAAUGUGGCUAUGUAGAUAAAACUUGGGCUACCCCUAUAACAAAUUCUCUCAAGAAGUUGGGUUUCUCUAAGCUCUCUGAGAGCAUUACCUAA